GAAAGUCGGUGCGCACAGCUUUGUGAAGGUGUUAUACUCUUCUUGAAUUCGACGCGGCUGCAGCUUGCGCGCCAACACACCCAAACCGGCGGCAAAAUCACUGCCUUCCUUGCAUUCGUUCUACAUAUAUACAUUUACGCACCAACACCGUUGUGCACUUAUAUAUACAUUUCUUUUAGAGCACUUCCUCUUCGCCUUAGAGUUCACCACCACGUUUCACAUCUUCUUCUUCGAUGCGUAGCCUGUUCUCGUGCCACGCAGUCCAGUUAGACGUGUAACCACCGCAUUGUUUUGCCUUCUUCGCAAACGGGACAAAGGGAAACCUGCGAGUUUUCCUCUUCGCUUUUUUCUCCCCUCCCUCCCUCCCUCUCUCCUCUUUCAGCUCCCCCAUUGCCGCCCACCAUGUUGUCCAUGUUUAAAGGCAAGAAGGGCUUCUCGGUGCUCUUCCAAAGCGCAGAGAAGGACACGGCAGCGCCACUGCUGUCGGCAGACACCGCCGCUGGUGCACGUCGCUCUGGCCGCGUCUCUGGCACCGUGGGCCGCAGCACGGGAGGCUCCGGCGUCGCGCAGCUGCAGUGCCAGCGCUGCUCCAAGCGUUUCUCCGCGUUAGAGGAGGACUCGAACGAAGCGCAAUCGUGCUGCCGCCGUUGCGGGUACCCGACGUGUCCGCAGUGUCGCGAGGCCAUCGCCGGCACCCCGCCGUGGGUGUGCUGCGUGUGCGAUGGACCGAAGUCGUUUAUGUGGCUGCUGGAGAGGACGAAGAUGGGACCUCGCCUUGUGUCGAAGAUUGUGGAGUUCUGCGACCCACGCGGGCAGCGGCUGAUGCGGUCGAUGUUCCGCUUUACGCUCCAGCAGUACCGCGCAGUGUCGUCGCCGCGGCCAUCGCUGACGAUCGGCGCAGGCGGACGCCCCAGCGGCAGUCGCGCCGGCAGCGGUGGUGUCUUGAGCCCCUUCCGCCCUGCCAACUCGCCGACGCCGCCUGCUGCUGCUGCUGCCGUUUCCAAGUCGCGGACGGCGCUGCGUGCGUCCGGUGAGCGCGGGGCCAGCAGCACGGGUCUCUGUGCGCUCUCGGCGAGCCAUGGAAACGCGGCCCACCAGUCGCCCUACUCGCACCCGAAGCACGCCUCCCUCCUGCGGCCAGCAGAUCGUUUGCACACCGUGGACGGGAGCGCAGCGACAGGGGGGAAAGAGAACUCCCUGCUGAUGUCGGGCGAUGCUGUGCAGGUGAGCGAGUCGCCGCAGCGGCCGCGCGGAUCGGAGGUGCUGCGCCGCGACGACGCCGUCGGUGUGGUCGAGUACUCGCCUGCGCCGAACAGAGAAGUAGGAAGCGACUCUGCGGAGAGCAGCGCGGACGAUGUCAGUGUUUUGGCGCACACGCAGCCGCCACCGCAGCAGCAGCCCGUUUCGCGUGCGGAGGACCGCUGCACCGCCGUGCAGGAUAUCUACCGCGUCAGCGACGCGAACGUCACGCCACGCAGCACGUUAACGACGCGGCCUACAACGGAGGAGGUGAGUGCGUCCCCCCACGUGCGACCGAGCGGGCAUGCCGCCUUCCAGCGAGAGGUGCUGCAUCAGCCGCCACCCAACCACCACCGCAGUACCAACAACGUCAAUGUUGACAGCGACCUUCACGCGUCGGUGGCGGCCGAGACGGAGGCGGUCUCCCUGACCAGCGGCGCCACGGCGACGUCCGUCACUCCUACCGGGCAGCCCUGCAGCUCCGGCCGCAGCUUCAGCCCCGCCUCGAGCCGCUCCAGCCGCAGCGAGAGCCCCGCACCGCGCUUCCCAACUUUUGCCCAAUUUCUGGACGAUCGGGCGGCCGUCGGGACGGGCCAGACGCACCUCCCACGCGAGUCGGACGUCCUCGUGACCGUCUCCCCAGACUCCUCCGCGGGGGGCGAGGAGGCGAGGGACUCGAGCGUGAUGGAGCUGGGCGGCGCCCGCAACAGCCGUCCCACGCUCAAGAGCAGCAACCACAACGACAAGGGCAGCCUCCGCACUCCACGUGGAACGCAGCCGUGCACGCCGCUGUCGGCCGCUGGAUCGUCCAGCCGUCGUACCGAGCGUCGCACCAGCGGCCUCAGCGGCGACUUCACCCCCACCCGCGCCCUCGACCUGUCCGACGCGCGUGCUACCGUGCGCCGCGGCAGCAGCAGCCGCCGGCGAAACACCGGUGGGAGUCUGGCGGAGAUGCCGGCGCCGCACCUGUACCGCGGCAGCGGCCGGCGCAGCGGGCAGGUGGGCGACUCGCCCUUCAUGUACGAACUCCCUAGUCUGUUCAGCAGCGGCGGUGGCGGUGGUGACGGCGGGGUGGCCGCGGCGCGUGGGCCGAUGCGGCGGCAGCACGCCCCCUUGGUCACCCGCACAGCCGGCCGCCCCCUCGGCGGCGUGGGCCCCGUGCACGAUGCCCGCGUCCGUUUGGCUCGACUGAACUCGCGCACCGUCACGCCGCUGCAGCGCGUCCCGUCUGGAGCCCGCUCGCUGGCCCGCAUGAAUUCAUCGACGGCGCCAUUCGCACGGAAGAACUCCGCCACGACGCGGGGGGUGGGCUUUGGUCGGCUAAACAGCGGUACGGCGCAGCUCACCCGCACCCCGUCCUCGCGCACGCGGCUCGUUGGGGUCCCGCUCAGCCCGGAUGGACGCGGGCUUCCACGCACGGAGACGACGAAGCUGGUCCGCACCGCCUCUGCCUUGUGCGGUCUUCCCCAGCCGCGUGCGGCGGCUCCCGCGGCGGGUACGGCGAUGGAGCGCACGCACUCGCGCUAUGGUCUGGCGGUGAAGGCCUCCCCGCUGAAGCGCACCGCAUCGCACACCGAACUCGGCGGCCAGCUGCCGUUUUGUCGCGUUAACUCCGCCGCGGCUUUCGCGCGCUCGGCGACGGCGACGGCCGCCUUCACCCGCACGAACUCCGCUGCCGUCUUUGGCAGAGGCGCAAUGGCGGCCGUCGCUGCAUCGUCUUCCUCGGCGAAGCACGGGGCGGUGCAACAGCACCCGCACAGCGCUGUCGCCGGCGCCUUUGCACGCACCGCCACCGGCACCUACCUUUAUGGCGGCAAAGGAAGGUAUCCGGCUACUACGCGGAUCACGCCGGCCGGUCUCGCCCAUCAUCCGGCCGCUGCAUCGACGGGGCCCAACGUGUGGCGUCAAGACGCGCGUCCUCUCUCCUCGGCGCGGAAGAAUGCGCCGGUGAGUCGUGCUGGCGCCGCCUCUCCGUUGCACCGCACCAACACAGCCACGCGCAACCCCGCCCCCGUCAACGGCGGUGCCGGUGCUGCUGCGCGUGGUCCUCGGCGCCUCUCAACGGGCUACACACGCGCCGCCACGAACCCCCGUCCCUUCGAGCGACUGCCGAGCCACCCACUGCGGCAGCCGACGUCGCAGCAGCAGCAGCCGCAGCAGCGGUCAGCGGGUGGCGUGCGGACGACGGUCGACCCGGCCCCGGCCCUCGUCGGCGUAGCGCGCCGUACGCCAUCCGCGAUGUCGCGCACCGACUCUGCCGUGGCGGCGGCAGCACCCACAGCCGCGACGCCUCGCACGCCUCGGCCGUAUAUCAUCGCGAGUGUGUCCACAGCGGCCACUCCAGCAGCGGCAGCAACACACGGCGUCAACGGCGGUGUGCGCAGCGGCGGCGGUGUCCGACCGGUGCUGUCGUCCUCUAGUGUGAGCAGCCCGAAGCAGCGCAACUCGCGGACGAGAGGCAGCGGCAGCGGCAGCGGCGGUGCGACGCGCACGAGCGGUGAUGGCGGGGUGCUCAGCUCCGUGUCCAGCACACCCGUGGUGAAGGCGCCAAGUGGAAUGGCGCUCGCCGGCCGCUCUAGUGCCCCGCGUCGUCGCCCCGGCACCGCCAGCGGGGCAGGUACCCCGACAACCACCGCGGCUGAGGGUGCUUGUGGAGUGAAGGGGAAAGCCUUUGUGCGCUUAAACACUGGCACCCGAAGUGGCACGGCAACGGCUGGGAAGGCAUCGCGGGAGGCGCGAACGCUGCCCGGCCCCGCGCACGCUGCGGGCGGUUUUACUCGCCUCAACAGCCGCUCUGCCAUCUGA